AUGAGGCCAUGGGACCAAGUUUUCCAAUUGUUAAUGACGUCUGCCGUUACGGCCACAACAUUUUCGGCAAUUUUGAAGCAGUUCAGUGGAACGGGGUUUCCAGUGUGGGGAGCCCAGGUGAAGUUAGUCUUGGAGAUUAAUGGUCUCUGGGCUGACGUCCACGAGCCGACACCACCUGCAGAGUAG